CCGGGGACGGCCCGGCCCAGGGACCACGGGGGGCAGAAUGAGAUGCGGAUGCGGGUCCCUGGCGUGGGACAUGACGGCAAACGCAGAGUGAGGACUCAGGACUCAGGGUCGCUCGGGAAGCCCCGGGCCGGCGCUGGUUCCUGAAUGCCGUCUCCCGGGCCGUGGGUUCAAAGUUGCCCUGAUGAGUGCACAAGUGUGUGGCUCGUGGGCUGCGAGUGUGGCUCUUUGUUCCGUGCCCCCCACCCCCUCCUCCGUCACACGGCUGGAGACCGCCAGGCCAGGGGAUGUGCAUGAGGGAGUCCACGGGAAUGCCCGGGUCUUCUGUCCCCGGAGCCUGUCUUUGGAGGGCCUGGGUCUCAGAUGCUGGCGGGGGGGCGCCCCGUGCAGGAGGAGGCCGGCAGGACCUCGCUGGGCCGCCCGCCCGCGUGGUCCUUCUGCGCCACCUGGCGUCGGAUGUGGGCAGGUCCACUCCCGCAAGCCCCCGUCCUCGGAGCAGGAGCUGCCCAGCUCACAGUCGCAGGGCUGUGUGGGGCUCUCGCGGCAGCCGGCCCUCCCCGCGCUCCUCCGCGUGCCGUCCCGGCGGGAUCCCCGCACGCCCCGCACGCCCCCCCGCAGAGCCGGCCUUCCAGCGGUUUCUGGGGGUGGGUGGGGGAGGGACGCGGCCAGGAUUAACGCCGACAAUGAGCGGAAGGUCUGGCCGAGCGGAGGCGAAAGCCGUGUCGGGCGGCGGCGGCGGCGGCCGGGACCGCGUGUCGGUGCAGGAAGGACCCUCGGGGGGCCGGGAGGCCGGUGGGAGCGGACCCCGGCGACGAGGGCGGCGUCCGUGCAGGAGGUUGCGGAACCAGGCUGGCCAGUUCGUCUCCGUGGUGACCGUCUUCGAGGCACAGGGCACGCCCUCGGGGGGCCAGGAUGCCAGCGGACCCAGCACCCGCCGGCGAGGGCGGCCGCCACGGAAGCACCGCAGGAAGAAAGUGGCCAUCGCCACGGAGGUGACCCUCUUUGAGAUGGUCGCCCUGGGAAAGAACUCCGUGCAGCAGACGGCCGUCGAGGAGUGGGUGCGGUCCUACAAGGAGGACCGGGAGCUGGCCUUGCUGGACCUCAUCAGCUUCUUUGUCCAGUGCUGUGGCUGUGAAGGGAUGGUGACGGCUGAGUUGUACCAGAGCAACGAAGGCCAGAACGUGCUGCACAGAAUGACAGAGAAGUUCGACCAGGAGACCGGGCUCUAUUACAAGAAGUUUCUGGCGUACCCCUGGAUCCUGACCAUCAUGUGGCCCGAGAAACUGCAAAGCGACUUUUACCCCAUCGUGGGGCCAGGGCCCUUCUGGAAGAGGUUUCGGGUGAACUUCUGCGAGUUCACGGAGCUGCUGGUGCACCAGACGCACUCCUCGGUGCUGUGUGACGGUCACCUCAUGGACACGGUGAUCGGCAUGCUCAGCGGCCUCACAAACUCGGCCGUGUACAGCCUGCGGCACACCAGCUCCCUGGCCGCCAUGAAGCUGCUGACGGCGCUGGCCAGCGUGAACCAGGGCAUCUGCACGGGCAGGCGCACGGCCCAGCGGCUGUACGAGAUCGAGAGCAUCACCAAGCUCAAGGGGAGGCACAAGUACUACAUGGAGCUGCUGGACCAGCGCAGGCACCAGUUCCAGAACAAGCCCGUGGCCAUCGACAACAUCAUCUGUGCGCUCUUCAAAAGGACGUUUGUGCCCCGCUACCGUGACAUCAGCUCGGACAUCCGCGUGAUCUGCAUGGGGGAGCUGGGCUGCUGGGUCAGGCUGUACCCAGACCUGUUCCUGGACAACAACUACUUGAAGUACAUCGGCUGGAUGCUGUACGACAAGGACGCGAGCGUGCGGAUGAAGUGCAUCCUGGCCCUGAAGGCGCUCUACGAGAAGAGGGAGUCGGCCAUGAAGCUGGGCCUUUUCUUCUACAAGUUCAAGAAACGGAUCCUGUCGAUGACGCAGGACAGGCAGCCGGAAAUCACGUCCGAGUGCAUGCAGCUGCUGAGGCUCAUAUCCGAGCACUACGUGGGCGUGUUCUCCGCCAUGGAGUACGUCUUCCUCUUCCAGUUUGUGUACGCGGCCUACAGGCCCAUGGCCACCGCCGCGGGCGAACUCAUCUGUAAAAGGCUCCUGGCCCCUCCGCCCCACGAAGGUUUCUUUGCUCAAGAGCCCCCGGACGAGUUCGAUCGAAAUCUCCAGAACAUGAAGGCGCUCAUCGACUUCUACCUGCAGGGCGAGUUCCACAGACACGUCCCGUACCUGGUGGACGGCCUGUGGGAGGCAGCGCCCGCCCUGGUCCGGAACUGGGAGUGCAUGACGGCCCUGCUGCUGGAGCCCCGCGGCGGGCGCCAAGCCCUGACAAGCCAGCAGGAACGAGUGCUCAUUGAGAUCCUCGUGGCCGCCGUGAGACAAGCUGCGGAGGGGCGCCCACCUGCCGGCCGGCGCCUGGGCAAGAAAGCCACCCGGGAGGUGGACGGGACCCGCCGCUGGCGUGAGCACGCCAACAUGAGCCGACACUUGGCCAAGGUGCUGCCCCGGCUGCUCUCCAAGUUUGCAGCGGACAAAGAGAAGGUGACCCCCCUCCUGCAGAUCCCACAGUAUUGCAACCUGGACGUGUACGACACGGACGGCCUGGGCUCGUACCUGGACGCGGCGCUGCUGGAGCUGGACUGCCUGGUGCAGCGGCACUCGGACGUGGCGGUGCUGGAGGCCUGCGCCCGCGCCUACGGCACGUACUGCGAUGAGGGGCGCUCCGCGCACGGCCAGGCCGCCCCCGCCUGCAGCCGGCUGGUGGACAUGCUGGUGGACGCGCUCACCCCGCUGCUGGACGUGUUCAUCCAACACGAGAAGCAGGGCCUGUUCCUUGGACACGGUGAGAUGGGGCGGAUCUGCUCCACGCUGCGGAGACUGGCUGCCUUCUACAGUGCACACGACCUGAGCAGCUGGAAUCUGUAUGAGAAGAUGGACAGCCUGCUGACUUUCCGCCGGCACCAGGGCAGCCUGCCCACUGAGGUUGUGCACUGUGCCCUGCAGUGCACCUACUAUGCGCUCCUGUGGCAGAUCGUCGCCGCCACGGACCGGCUGCCGCCCCAGGAGGCGCUCCUGGACUUGAGGAAGAGGCUGCUGAGGUUCUGCCUGGUGUGCCGCGUGUACCUGAACCACCAGAGCAAGGUGCUGAGCGAGAAGGCCUUCAUCCUGCUGUGUGACCUGCUCCUCAUCCUCAGCCACCAGGGCCCUGAGGAGGACACGGGCCUGGGGCUGCUCUUCUUCGUCCCCGACCACGUCCUGCAGUGCAAGCUCCUCACCUUUGUCAAGGAGCACGUGUUCCUGGAGGAGGCCGGAGCUGCAGGGCCCAGCAGAGUUUACAAGGAGGAGGACGCGGACGAGCUGCACGAGCUGUUCCACCGGAGAAACAUGCUGGCCGUGUUCUGUAAGCUCAUCGUCUGCAACGUGCUGGAGAUGAGCGCGGCCGCCGACAUCUACCAGUUCUACCUGAAGCACUACCAUCACUUUGGGGACAUCAUCAAGGAGACCAUGACCCGUACGAGGCAGAACGACAGGCUUCGCAACGCGCUGUCCCUGCUCCUUUGUCUGCAGCAGCUGUUCCAGAAGCAUGUGGACACGUAUGGCAUGGGCUACGACCCCAUCGAGUUCAUCUGUGGCCCCUUCUACUCCAUCCGGCUGUUGGCACGCCGCUUUGCGCUCACCCUCGGCUUUGACCGUGCCCGUGACGCGGCCCACCUGAUCCACAGGCGUGGGCUGGCGUUUGCCUUUUCCGAGUCCCCCGUGUCUGAAGAGGAGGAGGCCCGGCAGAGGUUCCCCAACCUCAGCUUCCUGCUGGUUCUGGCCGAGUUCUCCUGCAAGAUCCCCCCUGCAGAGCGACAAGCCGCACUCACCCACUUCCAGGACUCCAUCCCCGAGGGCCUGCCAGUGUUUGGGGAAGGGGACAUGAACCCCAUGCUUGUCUAUCGCAAGUCCCUGAUCAGGACAAACUACGUGGCCCAGGGGGAGGACGAGCCCGCCGCCAACCCGUUUGACGCCAUCUGCAAAGACAGCAAGCGGCCCCAAGAGUUGCCCGUGGGGACGUGCUCCACCUGGACACCAGACACCCUGGCCAGCUGCAGCGCGGGGGACAGAGAGCCGAGAAAUUCCUCCAAGGGCCAGAAGUCCAAGAGGGACGUCUUCGAUGUGGACUUCCUGUCAUCGGAGGACUCUGAGAACUCGUCCAGCGAAGACGUGGACGUGGAGGGCAUCUCCGUCCACGAGCCUUGUGUGGACAGCCCUGUCCCCGCCAUGGACACCUGGGGCCAGGGUCCAUGAGCCAGCCUGGGGUCCCAGGCAGCAGAAGGCCGUGUCCCCCGCCCACCCGCGUCCUGGCCAAGCUCUGGUGCCCUCCGUCCACUGCCCAGCCCACCCAGUGUUCCCACCCCAUGCUGAGUGACCAGCCUGGCCACGGCGUGCACCGCUGUCCACCUCUCCGUCCGCGUGUCUGUGGUUCUCAGCGUCGUCCUCUCCGUCCCCAGGGCGCGUCGGACUGAAGAGCCCUGUGGGACUCCGUCAGCAGUUUCAAGUUCCUCCUCGGUCGUUGACUUCUGGUCCUGGGCUUGGGGAGCCCGUGACGUCCAGCUGUGGCUGACCCAGGCCCCCAGGGCUCCAGGUGGACAGCCGUGACCCCUGCCUCCCGCACCUGCUCACUCCGGCCGCGUGUGAGGAGGGUCACGUGACUGUACGCCCCCCCCCCACCCCGGGGUGCCCACACCCCCCCCCCAACCCACCAGGUGCCUACCUGCCUGCGGCUUCUCUGGCAACCACUGUGCUUGGCUGGAAGGUCCCGGAAUCUGCCUCCCCCGCUGUGGACCACGGUGCCAGCCCCCUUGGCGGGCGUGCUCCUGCAUGGCGUGGGUCUGGCCGGGCCGACAACUCUUCCUUCCCCGGCUCAGGACCCCGCGGCGGGGUGAUUCCCGGCGUCUGGUGCCGAGAGCCCGCGGCCGGUGGUCGGCUCCUCUCCGGCGCUGCGGACAAACUGGCUGCGUCUGGGCGGGCUGGGGUGGGACGCGCAUUGGCCGCCGAUCCCCGACGUGCAGGGGGGCCCCGUACCUCCGAUCCCGUGUCGGUGCCAAACCAGAGCUCUCUGGGCCAUGGUGUGGAGGAGGACGCCCCAGGUGGACACGGAGAGAGGCCGGGCUGCGGGGAGGACUCCUGCCGGUCACGCACAGGCAAGAACGGGCCCAGGAGCUCGGGCCUGGGGGACCCUGUAUAGACCUGGGCCUGGGGAUUUGUUCUGUGUAGACCUCGGCCUGGGGAGCUCAGGCCUGCGCAGGCCUGGGCCUGGCGCGUUGCCGUCCAGGAGGGACACCCAUGCCUCUGGCUGUCCCCUCCCCGGGACCGGGGCAGCUGCUGUGGGGAAGCAGAGCCCUUGAUGGUGGCCUCGAGAACACGGGUUGCCCUUGGGCAGGGCUCUGCAGGAGGGCCACCCUGCCAGACGCUCCGGGCCCCACGGCCCGUGACCCUCGGCUGGACUUGCCGCGCCCCAGAGCCGUGCACACGGCAUGGUCUCCCGUGGUGUUGCUGCCGUCUGUCCCCAGUAGUGUCCCUGCCUGGCAUCUGUGCCCUUUGUGAUCUCUGUGUGCGUGUGUGUGUCGUGGGCCGGGCGAGCCAAGCCCCUCACGGAAAAUCCUUAAAUUCUUUAUUCGAAAAUACAGACGUGAGCUCGUAAAACGUUUUUAAACUGCUACACACACCAAAUAAAAGUUAACUUUA